UAGAACUUAGAAAGUAGAAACCCCUGAAUUUCUCACUCUUUUCUGUUCCUGUCUGUUUCAUUUGUGUCACUGCCAGACACUGCUUUGCUUUGCCUUCUUCCGCAUUGCUUCUCUGCAAAUCUUUCGCCACUUUCUGCAUUCAUUUGGGUCUUCUCUUUCUCCGAGCUGAGACACCUCUUAGGCCUGAAAAGAUUGCUUUUUGAUAACUUCCCAGUGCUUAUGUGAACUGGGAAAUGAUCACCCCCACUCAAAUAGCAGUGUUGCUGCAUUUGGAUUAGGAAAACCUCGUCGGUCACGAUUCUCGAGGAGCCAAGGGUUUCCAAAAAUUUCGUAUCUUUUUGGGUGCCCAUUUGAGAAGAGAUCACUGGGUUUCAGCCUGAAAUUAUUGGAGUUACAUGGGUUUCCCUUGAUCUCAGCCGAGAAUCAUUGUCACUAUUGUCGAUGGAACUCAACUGGGGUGGUUGUGUUGUGUGUGCCAACCUGAAUGCUGCUGAUUAGGGAAAAAGAAAAAAGAAAAAAAGAAAAAAAAAGAAUAAAAAUAAGAUCGAAUCUUUUAAAGCCCCUUACUAUACUUUGCAAGAUUUGUGCAUUACAUACAUAUACUUAUUUAAUUAUACAUCAAAGUAUUGUUUCUCCCUGACUUGCGAUAUUAAAUAUAAAGGGGUUUUAUUUUUUUGUAAAUUGUUGCUGUGAUGCAAUGUUAUUGUAAACUUGUUUUCUUUUCCUUUUAAAAAUCAUAGCAAAGUAUGAGUAGUAUGACUUACGUCGGGUUUCUUCUAUGUCUUUCUACUUCAUUUGGAUUCCAAAGGUUUUCGAGUUAAUAUAGUAGAGUAUGCUCGAUGCGACAUUAGGGGGCUAAGUGCCCUUAUUUUGAUUUGAGGCCUUUCUGAGUUUUUGAUACUUCGGUUCUGCCGAUCGAUUGAUUCAUCAUCAUGCCUUUGUAUGAGUUAUACCGGCUGGCCAGAGAGAAGCUUGGUAAAGAAACUACCAGCACACGUGCACCUGAUCUAUGUUCCUCGCCUGAGAAUGAUUUUUUUGAGCUAGUUUGGGAGAACGGUCAGAUUUCAAGCCAGGGUCAGUCCAGUAGAGUUAGAAGGAGCCCCUCUUGCAAGAGUUUGCCAUCUCACUGCUUACCAUCUCACUGUCCCAAGGUCAGGGAUAAAGAUGUAGGAUAUGGUACCAACACAAGGAUGGGAAAAUUUGGGGAUUUAGACUCUGGAUUGAAUGAAAUUCCAAUGUCGGUGCCAUCCCGUGAAGUGGAUUUCUGUCAUGAUGAAGAUGUGUUACCUUGGUUGGAUUAUACAUCAAUGGAUGGUUCCUUGCAACAUGAAUAUGGUUCUGAUUUCCUACAUGCCUCAAACAGUUUUACUCUAUUGGAUAAAAAAAGUAAUGGCAAUAUGGCGUUUAGGGAUUCUCAUAAAACUUCGGAAGAACAAGGGAAUGUUUUCAAGGGUUCUUCAGCUGAACAGGUUGAGACUGCCAGACCUAAAGCUAGCACCAGUCAGUUAUUCCCCCCAUCAUUGCAUCAGUGUCAAACAUCUUUUGUUUCUUCUAGAUCAAGAGCAUCGGAUAUAACUGAAAAUAACAAUACGAGUAAUGCAAACCAGGAUGUGUCUUAUGGUGAAAUUACUCAUAUUCUAUCUUCCUCAAGUGAUUUGUCUAGUGCAAAGGUGCAGAAGUGUGAUCCACCUAUUACUAGCAAUGGUUCCAGUUCCACCAUAAUGAAUUUCUCCCAUUUUGCAAGGCCUGCUGCUAUGGUAAGAGCUAAUCUUCAGAACAUUGGCCUGAAGUCUGGUUUGUCUUCAGCAAGAUCAGAUAGUAUGGAAAUUAAGAAUAAAGGUGCUGCUGCAACUAGCAGCAAUCCUCCUGAAUCAAUUCUUGUUGAUUCAAGUGGUGAAUGUUCGAAGGAACCGACCAUGCAAUGCCAGCAGGUUGUGGAGCAAUCCAAGCCUGAUGUGAACUCUUUGCAGCCAAAAUCUGUUGAACAGAAUGCUGUGCCUUCUAAGCAGUCAGAGCCUGCUAGUAAAGAGAGUGCCACAAAGAUUGAUCAAACUCCCAACCAAGUUCUUGGCGACAGUGGCACUAAAGGACAGACAGCUGCUGAAAAAAGUAUGGAGCCAGCAGUAGCCUCUUCCUCUGUUUGCUCUGGCACUGGUGCAGACCAAGGUUCAGACGAGCCAAAUCAAAAUUUGAAGCGAAAAACAAAAGACACCGACGACUCUGAGUGCCAUAGUGAAGAUGUUGAGGAAGAAUCAGCUGGUGCUAAAAAGACAGCUGGUGGGCAAGGAGGUGCAGGUUCCAAGAGAAGCCGUGCAGCUGAAGUGCAUAAUCUAUCUGAAAGGAGGCGAAGAGACAGGAUCAAUGAGAAGAUGCGUGCAUUACAAGAACUCAUACCAAAUUGCAAUAAGGUGGAUAAAGCUUCAAUGCUGGAUGAGGCAAUUGAGUAUCUUAAAACACUUCAGCUCCAAGUUCAAAUUAUGUCAAUGGGAGCUGGUUUAUAUAUGCCUCCAAUGAUGUUACCUGCAGGAAUGCAGCACAUGCAUGCACCACAUAUGGCUCCAUUUUCACCUAUGGGUGUUGGCAUGCAUAUGGGAUAUGGUAUGGGUUAUGGGAUGGGAAUGCCUGACAUGAAUGGUGGAUCUUCAAGAUUCCCUAUGAUUCAGGUGCCCCAAAUGCAAGGAACUCAUAUCCCUGUUGCGCACAUGUCUGGACCUACUGCUUUACAUGGGAUGGCCAGAUCAAAUCCUCCAGGAUAUGGGCUUCCUGGACAAGGCUAUCCCAUGCAUAUGCCGCCAGCUUCCGUGUUUCCUUUUUCAGGAGGACCUCUCAUGAAUUCACCAGCUCAGGGACUACAUGCCCGUGGAUCAUCAGGACUUGUUGAAACUGUGGAUUCAGCUUCUGCGUCUGGCUUAAAGGAUCAAAUGCAAAAUGUUGACCCACAAGUUAAGCAAAGUACUGGUGGCUGUGACUCGACAAGUCAGAUGCCUACCCAGUGUGAAGCAGCAGCUGUAGGAUUUGAGCAAUCUGCUUUGGCUCAUAGUAGAGGUCAUGCAUCCAAGGCUAAUGACAAUGGAGCUGUUAAUCCUGAUCCUGGCAGAUAACAUUGUGUGAUUGGUUAUGAUCGACAAGACCGUGCUCAAUGGAAGUUUUAAAAAAUGAGUCCAAAAUCUCUUGCAGAUUAGCACACAGGCUAUAUUUUAGAGUCAUUGAGGUUAACCGCAUCAAAAUAACUACUGAAUCCUAAUUUCAGGACUCAUUGCACGGAUUUUGGCAUCUUGAGCGAUGCAACUCAUUUGUACAUCCACUUAGUAACCUGUUCAAUCAAUUUGCGUAGAAAUUUUAUAUAUCCUUACAUAUAUGUAUUCAAAUGUUUGAUCAGAUCUUUCAUAGUGAUUCUUUGGAUGAAUGAAAUAAUAGUCUUUUUCUCUCUGCCCA